AUGGCACCUAAGACACGUUCAGGCAAAUUGUUUGGCACAGUGGUGACUAAAAAAGUUAUAGAAGAAACCGUGCAAGUUGUGAUUUCUCCAAAGCCUACUGAAUUGGAGACUAAUUGUGAGAAUAAUGAUGAGAGAGUAGUAACGGUUGCUGCUUCAUCCACGAAAGAGAAUGAGAAAAUUGAAGUUAUCUCUUCACCUCUGAAAGAGCCUGUUCGGAGGACCAUUGUUGUUGAAGACAGAGCAAAAGGAGCAGAACAAGAAGAGCAGCAGCCAGCUCAGGAGCAGCAGCAAAAGGGUCAAGAAGCUGUCCCUAAAGACCUAGAAGAGCAGGAAAAGGCCCAUGAAGCUGUCCCGAAGGGCCAAGAAAAGCAGCAAGGAGAUGAUCAAGAUGAAACUCAACAAGCCUCAGAGCCUGAGACUCCUCCCACCCCACCACCAUAUUAUGAAGCAGCGCCUAACAUAGAGCAGCAAAGGGAUGAUCAAGAACGUCAGCCAAGGCAGGAAGAUGUAGAUGUCGGUGAAGAAGAGCUGCAGGAGGAUGAACAACAAGAGUUACUGAAGGAAGAUGUUGAUGUAGGUGAAGAAGAGCUGCAGGAGGAUGAUAAAGAUGUAGAUGAACAAGAGCUGCAGAAGGAAGAAGUAGGUGUAGGUGAAGAAGAGCUGCAGAUGGAAGAUGAAGAAGCAGAUGUAGAUAAAGAUGCAGUAGAGCUGCAGAAGAUAGAUAAAGAUGUAGAUGAAGGAGAGGAAGAGAAGAGAGACAGACAAGAAGAAAUAUUUGUAUCAGCCUCAGAAUCAGAGAUCACCACUAUUCCUACUCCACCACCACAAUCUGAAGCCCCAUCAAAUAAGGAACAAGAGCAGCAGCAGCAAGGAGAUGAAGAAGAAAUGCAGCCAGAUGUGGCUUUAGCUCCAACACCACCAGCAAGAGAGCGAACCAAGAAAAGGAAGACAAGCCCAGGUAUAGAAGAUAGUGCUAAUGGGAAAAAGGAGAAGAAGGCUGCUGCUACCCAGAGGAGGAGGAAGAGAGCCAAAAUGGGGAGUGAUGGGGGUACUAGUGUGGGAUACAAAAGACACGUGUUUAGGGUGAUGAAGCAAGUUCAUCCUGAAUGUGCUAUAUCAUCAAAGGCUAUGACCAUUGUUAAUAAUCUGAUGAGUGACAUGUUUGAGAGGAUUGCUGAGGAGGCUUCAAGGCUUUCUAGGUACAGUGGGAAGAGGACCCUCUCAUCAUGGGAAAUCCAGGAUGCUGUGAAGUUGGUUUUGCCUGGUGAACUUGGGAAGCAUGCAAUUGCUGAGGGUUCUAAGGCUGUUAGAACUUAUGCCUCCAGUGUCAGUGGGCAGUCCAAGAAAUCAAAGUCCUAG